AUGUACUACUUUCUUGGUUAUCGCCUCAUCACUCAGCCGAUGAAUGCGCUUCGCAAGCAAACGAUUGCUGAUCACACUUUCCUGUUGGCUCUUGACGGGGACGUCGACUUCAAGCCAGCCGCACUUCAGCUUCUUGUUGACAGGAUGAAGAAGAGCGACAAAGUAGCGGCUGCUUGCGGCAGAAUCCACCCAAAAGGAUCUGGGGAAGAUCGCUGGUUGUGUACAUUACUGUUGCAACAAGGUUAUCGAGUCGAAUACUGUGCAGCAUCCGAUGCGGUGACGUUCGCACCAGAAGGCUUCAAUGAAUUUUUUAACCAGCGCCGUCGCUGGUCCCCUUCUACCAUGGCUAACAUCAUGGAUCUGUUGCAGGAUUGGCGUCACGUUAUACGCGUCAAUGAAAACAUCUCCGGCUUGUACAUCUUCUAUCAACUCAUGCUGUUCGUGUCGGCGAUGCUGACCCCGGGCACCAUCUUCUUGCUGAUUGUCGGCGCCGUAAGCACUGCCUUCCCAUCCAUUUCCCUGAUUGAGUCACUUUUCAUGAACCUUAUUCCUAUCCUUUGUUUUGUGGGAGCCUGCUUCCUGAUUAAAUCCGAAAUGCAACUUAUGUUCGCAGCCGUGAUGUCUUGCAUUUAUACCAUGGUCAUGAUGCUAGUGCUUGUUGGUCUAGCCCUGCAGAUGACUAACGAAGGAGUCUGUUCACCGACCACAAUUUUCUUCAUAUUCAUGGUAUCCAUUUUUCUAGUAGCCGGAAUACUACACCCGCAAGAAUUCUUCAAUCUCCUUCACGGUCCCCUCUAUUUUCUUACUGUGCCCAGCACCAACAUGCUUAUGAUGCUUUAUGCUGUUUGCAACCUGAAUAUUGUCUCUUGGGGUACACGCGAAACAAAGCAAGCAGACGGGAGCGACACCAAAAACGAUAACACCGAAGGCAGUUCUACGCAACAGAAAUCAAAGGCCAGCGGCUGGAUAGACCAAAAAUGGUUUUCGUUCCUUAAUCGCAAGCCAGGGUCCGAAACCAGUGACUACACAUUCUCGUUUGGCAACCUUUUCAAAUGUAUGUGUUGUCCGAAACCAACUGAGAGGACUGACCACGUUAAAAUGGACGCAAUUAUAGAUAAAUUAGAAAGGCUCGAGCGAUCGAUUCAUGCGCUUGACUCUGAAGGGACAGAGUGCGUGAGUAUUGGUGAGGAGGUAUCGACACCAGAUGGGGACCCGUUUUCGAAAAAUUCCAAGCCCGGUCAGAAUGCAAAAUCGACAAAGACAGAGGAAGUCGAAGUGAAUAUAUUCAAGAAGGAAACAGAAAGUGAUUCAACUGGAAAAGUCGAAUUUACAAAUUUGGAAGCUAAGACAAAUGGUCAGUAUAACAGAGAGUGA